AUGGCGACAGAAGAAACUGCUCAAGAAGAAGAUGAUGCUAACCUAUGGGAGGCCAGCGCUAUUGGAAAAGUUAUCAUUGAAGGACGAAUGAGUUAUGAUAUGGUGGUACAAUUUAUCAAGUUCACUUGGCCCUUCUUAACUGAAUCAGAUAUGCAGAUAAUUGAAGUUAAGCCCAAUCUGAUGCUUUUCAAGUUCAACAAAUGGGAUAGUUUGAAUAGGGUAAUCAAUGAAAGGCCAUGGAAUAUAAACAUGCAUCUUCUUGUGGUGCAUGAUUUCAUCCCCGAAAUGAUUUACACUGAAAAACACUGGGGCUUUCAGCAAUUCUGGUUGCAACUGAAGUUCAUCCUUCCAGAGCACAUGAAUGUCUCAGUUGUAACAAAGAUAGGGAGCAUAAUGGGUGAAGUGGUAGCUAUUGAUCCAAAGGAUGCAAUUCCUGUUGGAGGAUUUCCUGUGAAGGUUUGUGUGAAUAUUUAUCUCACUAAUCCUAUGAGGAGAGGAAUCAAGGCAAUUACUAAUGCAAGUGUCAAAAAAGCACACGAUAAGCCUUACUAUUUUGGUAAUCCAAAAGCUGUUCGAAAGAAUAUUUCUACAAUCUCUACUAGCUCGGCUCCUACGUCUAAGCCAGCACAAAGAAAGUUUGUGAAGAACACCGUUUUCGUGCCACCAAAAGAUGGAGAGGUUGUCAACUUGAACUUUCAAGUAAGUCAUCAAGAGGGUGAGACAAUCAUGGAAGAUAACAGACUCGGAAAGCGAUCCAGAACUAAUGAAGAUGCUUCUUCUACUGUAGUUCCUGAGAGCUCUGCCAGUGCAGCCAUAGCUUUUAUCAAAGACCUUCAAACUUCUCUACCAAUCACUACAAAGAAUAAUUCAUCUCAGGCACCACAGAUGGAGAGUCUGGGUUUCAAAAACUCAGAUACUAGGAACCAUUUGAGUGAUUUAGUUAGGACUCAAAAUCCUGAUAUCAUUUUUCUUUUUGAAACCAAGCUCAACAGUUUCAAAUGUGCUCCCCUUCCAAAACAAUUUCACUAUCCUAAUAAUGCUCAUAUAGAACCUCAAGGACUCUCUGGAGGUUUGGUUUUGCUUUGGAAACAUGGUUUCUCUUAUAAUAUCAUAGAUACCUCUCAUAACAUGAUUAAUGUUGUUGUGCAAGCUGAUCUAAGUAAACCUGAAUGUCUGCUUACAUGUAUGUAUGGUUACUCCAAUUACUCUAAGAAAAAGGUACAAUGGAAUCAUAUUCAAGCUAUCAGUAAUGACAUUAACAAACCUUUGGUCUUACUAGGAGAUCUUAAUUUUCAUUUGCUUGACUGUGAUACUAGUGCCUCCACCUCUGCCGAUGGUAUGGUUAAUAAUAUCAUCUCUUCUUGUGGCCUUGAGGACUUAAGGUAUGUUGGUAAGAGUUACACUUGGACAAAUAACAAUAUGGGUACUGGAACUAAGCAUUUUAGAAUAGACAUGGCUUUAGGCAAUGUAGACUGGAGUCUUAGUUUUCCAAAUAAUAAACUUUAUCAUCUAAGUCAACUAGGUAGUGACCAUAGUCCUAUCAUGUUAGUUACAUAUGCUACUAUACCCAGUUGUUGGAAGCCUUUUAAAUUCUUCUUAACUUGGAUGAAUGAUUCUACUUGUAAUACUGUCAUUGCCGAUGCUUGGAGUUCUAAUGUUUAUGGUACACCUGCUUAUCAACUGGUAAGUAAACAACACAUCACAAGGAAGAAAUUAUCUCUUUGGAACAAAGAGCACUUUGGGAGCAUUAAUCAAAAUGUAGAUAGGAUGCAAGAAGAAUUAAAGAUACUUCAGGAGAAACCUACAAAUCCAUCCAACAAAGAAGAAAUAAGCAAGCUCAAUAAUGAUUUAAGUAAAUGGCACAAGAUCAAAGGUGAAUUAUAUCAACAAAAGUCUAGAGAUAACUUCAUCAAAGACAUGGAUAACAACAAUAAAUACUUUCACACAAGGAUCAACAGAAGAAAAUGCAGGAACAAUAUUGAUUCUAUUCAAGAUCAUGAGAAUAAAUUGCUUCAAACAAGAGAUGAAAUUUCUUGUCAUCUAACUAUGCACUUCAAGAACAUAAGUACUUCUAUUAAUCCUAUUCUAGAUGAGAGUCUAUACAGUGUUUUUCCUUCCAUUAUUUCAGAUGAAGAUAAUGUAGCACUAACUAGAAUUCCAAGCAAUGAGGAGAUUCAUAAUACUCUUAAAAGCAUGAAAAACUGGAGUGCACCUGGUCCUGAAGGUUUUCAAGAUGGUUUUUAUAAAAGUAAGUGGGAUUUAGUUGGUGAAGAUGUUUGUCUAAUGGUUAAGAAGUUUUUUGAGAGCAAGCACAUACUCAAGAAUUAUGUAAACUUUGAUUCUGAUGUUUGGGAUUCAAGCACAGAUAAGCAAUAA